CUGUAAGAUAACAUCUCCUUUCAGAUGCAUAUAAGUAGAGCUCACGUCCUUCCAUGUAUUUAGGAGAAAAGCCUAGUUGGAUAAAACCUUCUGGAUCCUGCCUUACCUGAUAACCAAAAUGAAGGUCCUCCUUUGCCUUGGUUUCUUUCUGUGCUUCUAUCUCAGCUCAGAAGCAAAAAUCUAUACCAAGUGCGAGUUAUACAGAAUCUUCCAGGAAACUGGACUUUCUGGAUAUCAUGGCUACAGCGCUGCAAACUGGAUAUGUCUGGCCUACUAUGAGAGCAACUACAAUACCGCAGCUAUAAACAACAAUGGGCCAAGCCGUGACUAUGGAAUAUUUCAGAUCAACAGCAAAUGGUGGUGCAAUGAUGGAAAGACAGCAGGGGCAGUUAACGCUUGCCACAUCAGCUGCCAGAGUCUCCUGAAUGAUAACAUUUAUGAUGACAUUGAGUGCGCUAAACGAGUUGUGCGGGACCCCAACGGCAUCGGAGCUUGGGUUGCCUGGAGGAACCAUUGCAGAGGAAGGGAUUUGAGCCGAUUUACAGCUGGAUGCUAAUUAGCAAGGAGGAGAAAUGAAAAAUCAAGAGUUCCUCGUAUCUACUUCACUGAUUCACUCAAUGAUCUAAUCAAAUCCUGCAACUGUGUUAUGGAAUAAAAUUAUGUAAU